AUGGAUGAAAACAACGCGGCCAAGUUAACCGGAAUCAGGCAGAUCGUGAGGCUAAAGGAGAUUUUGCAGAAAUGGCAAACCGUAACGAUAGGUCCCAAGUCAGAUGUUCCUCCAUUGGCAGCUGGAAAGCAAGCAGCGGUAAUGAUUUCACCGGUUAUCAACAAGAGGCUAUUAGCCGUCAAGAAUUGUGACUCGGAUGAGGAAAACUGCCAAAGUCCCGAGCCGCCGCAUGAUGUUCCCAAAGGGUAUCUGGCGGUUUAUGUUGGACCGGAGCUAAGGAGGUUUAUCGUACCAACAAGCUAUCUCAGCCACUCUCUGUUCAAGGUGUUGCUCGAGAAGGCAGAGGAAGAGUUUGGGUUUGAUCAGAGCGGUGCGCUUACCAUCCCUUGCGAGGUCGAGACUUUCAAGUUCUUGCUUAAAUGCAUGGAGAACAAUCCUAAAGAUCAUCAACCUGAUGAUACCUCCGCUGGUGAUGCAGAGGCAGCGAAGGAAGAGUAA